AUGGCCACUCUACCUGCGAUGGACAAGCGCACCUUUUGGUUUCGCGAUGCCAUCGUCUACCAAAUCUGGCCUGCUUCUUACAAGGACAGCAACAAUGAUGGUAUCGGCGAUAUUCAGGGUAUCAUCUCGACGCUCGACUACGUCGAAUCGCUAGGAGUCAACACGAUCUGGCUCUCACCGAUGUACGAGUCUCCCCAAGUCGACAUGGGCUACGAUAUCUCAGACUACCAGAACGUUUACGCUCCCUAUGGUACGCUGCAGGACAUGGACGAGCUGAUCCGUGAAUGCCAUGCGCGCGAGAUCAAGCUCAUCCUAGACCUCGUCAUCAAUCACACCUCUGAUCAGCAUGCAUGGUUUCAGGAGUCCAAGAAGAGCAAGGUCAGUCCUAAGAGGGACUGGUAUAUCUGGCGACCUGCCAAGUACGAUGCCAGGACGGGCGAGCGAAGGCCUCCGAACAAUUGGAGAGGUGCCCUCAAUCAAUCUGCUUGGACGUGGGAUGAAGCAACGCAGGAAUAUUACCUGCACCUUUUCACACCGCAACAGCCCGAUCUCAAUUGGAGUAACGUGGAAUGUCGACGCACGCUGUACAGCGACACAAUCGAGUUCUGGCUUAAAAGAGGCAUCAAUGGUUUCAGAGUCGACACGGUGAACCUGUACAGCAAGCCGAUGGAUUUUCCCGACGCACCCAUCACAGAUCCUAAUGCUGAGUGGCAGAUGGGUGACACAGUCUUCUGCAACGGUCCCAGGAUGCACGAAUAUCUGCAAGAAAUGGGUGUCAUCUUCGCUAAAUACGAUGCCAUGACGGUGGGCGAGCUACCGAGCACGCCAAAGAUCGAGGACGUGCUUCGGUACAUCUCGGCAGAACGCAACGAACUGAGCCAAGUUUUCCAGUUCGAUAUCUCUACCCUGGGAAGAGACGAGAACGAUUUUUAUGCGACGCAUCCGUUCUCGCUCCAGGAGCUCAAGGAGGUGGUGGAAAAGUGGCAACGAUACGUUGAGGGUACAGACGCAUGGCCAACCGUGUUCUUGGAGAACCACGAUCUGCCCAGAGCCAUCAGCAAAUACGCUUCAGACCGACCAGAGUUUAUCGCGGCGAGUGGAAAGAUGCUCGCACUGAUGGAGAUCGGUCUCACCGGAACGCUUUACAUCUACCAAGGACAAGAGAUCGGAAUGACAAACGUGCCAAAGGCUUGGGCUCACGAAGAGUACAAGGAUGUAAUUGCCGUCAACUAUUACCGAGAUGCAGUGACACGCUCGGGAGGAGAUGAGAAGGUGCUGAAAAAGACACUCGAAGAUAUCAAUAAGCAAGGCAGGGACAGCGCACGCACACCAGUCCAGUGGAGCUCAGAGCCAAAUGGCGGAUUCAGCACUGAUCCGAACACUGUACCUUGGAUGAGAACCAACGACAACUACACGAGCAUCAACGUAGCUGCUCAGGAGAAAGACGACCAGUCGGUGCUAGCAUUUUAUCGCAAAGGACUAGCACUCAGGAAGGAAUAUGCCUGCUUGCUUGCGAGAGGAGAGUUUAGGCUGUUGGACAGGGAGAACCAGCAGGUGUUGAAAUACCUCAAGAUUCCAGAAGGUGGUCAAGAAGACGAUAACGGCCAAAGGGUCUUUGUUGUGCUCAAUUUCUCCAACUGCCCGCAGGAAUAUACGGUGCCAGAAGAGGCUGGGGGAAACAAGGCAUCGAUGCUUGUUGAGACUCUCGAGAAGGGUGAGCCAGGCAAGUUGAGGCCGUGGGAGGGAAGAAUGUACCUCUACCGACCCUGA